AAGAAGAAGAAGAAGACUUCUGGAUCCGGUGGGGUUACGUGACGCGCAUUGUUGUCUGUUUGUGUCUGCGUAAGAUACAGGUUAACUACAUCACCCAGCUUAACGACACCAGGUUAACCACGUCAACCAGGAUAACCCCACCAGCCAGGUGAACCCCAUUGAGUCGGGGGUUUCUGUUUUCGAGGAUUCUGAUAUCGAGUCUCUUGUGAGAGAAUUAGCAAUGGAAGGAGAAUUAGCAUGGAGCUAGCCCUCUGUUGUCCUCGUUAAGACCACCUCUCUGGUAUCUCUCUGGUCUGUUUCUCUCUCUCUCUCUCUCUCCGGUCUGUCUCCCCCGUCUCUCUCUCUCUCUUGUCUGUCUCUGUAUCUCUCUCCGGUCCCUCUCUCUGGUAUCCUUCUCCGGUCUGUCUCUUUCUCUCUGGUCCCUCUCUCUGGUAUCCUUCUCCGGUCUGUCUCUUUCUCUCUGGUCCCUCUCUCUGGUAUCCUUCUCCGGUCUGUCUCUUUCUCCAGUCUGUCUCGCUCCCCCCUCUCUCUCUCUGGUAUCUCUCCCGUCUCCCCAGUUUGGCAAUACGGAAAAUGACUUCAGCCUCAACAAAAGUGGGGGAGAUCUUCUCAGCUGCCGGCGCUGCCUUCACCAAGCUAGGGGAGCUCACCAUGCAGCUGCACCCGGUCGCAGACGCCAGUCCUGCAAGCGCUCCGGUCAAAACCACGGUGAAGAGGAAGGCUCACGGAGACGGGCCGGUGUUCAGCGACGGCAGCAGGAAGGCUGUGAAGAAGGCCAGCCCCGGGGGGCCCCCCCAGACCGGUCUGUCGGCGCUCCGGGACCCCCCCUCCGCCCAGCCCAGCGUGAAGAAACAGAAGACGGCCGACGUCACCCUCAGUGCGCUGAACGACUCGGACGUGACCAGUGACCUGGUGGACCUGGAGGGGCCCGGACAGGGCCCCGGCCCCAAGAAACUCAACAACUUUGAUCAAGAUAAUCUGAACUUGGACUCCAGCCUCAUCAUGAGCUCCACUCACCUCCCGUUGCUGUCCCGCUGACCCCCAGGGGCCAAGGAGGGGCCGACCGGGCCCUGUGGGCCCUUUCCUGUAGACCGGGCCCUCUCCUAUAGACUGGGGGCGGUGGCCCUGUCCUAUAGACUGGGGGCGGUGGCCCUGUCCUAUAGACUGGGGGAGGUGGCCCUGUCCUAUAGACUGGGGGAGGUGGCCCUGUCCUAUACACCAGCCCUGUGUCUCUGUGGACCUGCAGACUGCCUCCUUGUCUCUCCUCUUCGUAUGGCAGCUCUGUGACUGUGGAACCAUGUGAAGUGCUGCACUUGUUCCUACUGAGAACUUUGUCGCUUUCAGUUUCAAUAGAGAACUUGUCUAACGUCAAGAUCAAGGGAGGCCUGAAUUAAUCACAAUAGAUUUCAAUAUGUUUAUUAAGUCAAUUAUAGAUUUUUCCUUUGAAAUUGCAAUGAAACUAAUGCAUAAUUGAAAAAUAAAAAUGCAAUAUUUGGCCUAAGAAAUGUCAGGAAUUGUGCAAAAGGAAAAACGUCUCUCUCUCUCGCUCGCUCGCCAGGGUGUUGUUCUCCGGGGCUGCAGCUGGAUACUAUUGGGUCUGUGCGUAAACGAGGCAUCGAUCAGAGUUUCCUUUCUGCCGGCGUUCGGGAAUGUUUUUAAUAUAUAGCUUUAUUAUAUGAAUAAAAUCAAUACUUUAAAAACA